AUGGAACUAUCCAACGGCGUGAACCACAAGAAGCCCGUUCCGUCGAUUGACCGAAUCGCCGUCCUCGAGCAAGAUGCACCACUUCUCAGUCUAAUGACAAGAAUCCGAGACGAGAGUACCUCGCACCGCGACUUUUGUGCCGCGGUGGAUAGAAUCGCCCAGCGGUUAAUCACACUAGCACUUAACCAUGUCCCCGUGGAUUCUCAUACUAUUACAACGCCAACAGGCGCGACCUAUCCGGGAGUCCAAUAUACCAAAGGCGUAUGCGGAGUGAGCGUUCUACGGGCGGGUGCUAGUAUGGAGCACGCGCUGCGAAAUACGUGGAUGGGACCACUCACCUUCGGACACAUCCUGAUCCAACGAGACGAACGAACCAGUAAAGCACAGUUAUAUUACUCCAAACUACCACCGCAUAUUAAGGACGAUGUCGUCUUACUCCUGGAACCGAUGCUCGCAACAGGGGGGUCGGUAGUCAAGGCCGUCGAAUCGCUCACGGGGUUCGGCGUGCCCGAAGAGUCCAUUGUUCUGGUUAACGUGGUCGCUUCGAAGAAAGGGCUUGAUGUUGUGUCUACGAGAUUCCCUGAGCUGAAGAUUGUAUCGGCAGCUGUGGACUCAGAGCUGACGGCUGAGAAUUACAUUAGCCCUGGGGUGGGUGACUUUGGGGAUCGGUACUAUGGUACUUAG